CCGAUACAGUCCAUAUUCCCAUCUUCAGUGCUGGCACAUCCAUAAAUCGAGUCUAUUGUCGCCCAUUAUUCCGCAUCACAAUGGACGUCUCCAACAACCGCCUCUUCCGCUGGUCGAAGCCCGAAUGGCUUAACAACUCCGCCGUGCGCAACGCAGGCGUCUACACCUCCGGCGCACUGUUCUCCCUCGGAUUUUUCUUCCUCAUCGAUGCCGCCGCCUUCUCCCACAGCUCCCGCAACGGUUCCUUCGUUCAUGUCAAAUUCGUCGAUUGGAUCCCCGGCAUCUGCUCAGCGCUCGGAAUGCUUGUCAUUAACUCGAUCGAGAAGUCGCGUCUUCAUGCCGAUAGCUUCAGCUACAGUGGGAGCGGGGUCGCAUGGAAGGCAAGAUUCGUGCUUUUCCUGGGCUUUGCGUUGUUGGCGGGCGGGUUAGCCGGGAGUGUGACGGUUAUGGUCCUCAAAUACCUGAUGAAGGGGUAUCCGCUUCCGACUCUAUACUUCGGUAUUGCGAACGUCCUUGCGAACGGGUUGGUUAUGAUGAGCACCGUCGUCCUAUGGAUCUCCCAGAAUAUAGAAGAUGAUUACACCUACAACCUUGCUCUGUGAUGGACAGUAGGUGUGGUUGGCAAUUGAUUGAUUGAUGGAUUGAUAUGAGACGUCCGCUCUGGCUUCCAGCCCGAGUGUGUUAUUAUAUUAUGAAUUUGCUUCUUGGUGUUUCUUAUCCCUAUCCCUUGUUCCCCGCGGGAUUGAGGCAGGGUUUACUUUUCUGGUGUUGUUCUACCGUGCGUACGCAUUGAGUGGUUUCUGUUUUGUUUGUUGUAUUAGGCUGUUUCAGCAUGUUUGUUACGUGAUGAUUAUGGUAUGUUCUGAGAUGUGUGCUUUGGGUUAUCGUUUGUAGAUUGGUGUCGUAGUCUGGUCGGGUUGCUGCCUGGGUAUUUCUCAUCUAUAUACUUAGUAUGUUCUGCCUGGUGUUACAACAAUCACGAGAUCUCG